CAAAAGCCAGGUGUCAUGGCUGCAGGAUCCCUCUUCAGAGCUCUGGUGUCAGCCAAGUGGGUGGCUAAGUCCUUGAAGGAAUCCCAGCCCCUGAAGCUGCUGGAUGCCUCCUGGUACCUGUCCAAAUUGAAACGAGACGCUCGGCAGGAGUUUGAAAAAGGUCACAUCCCUGGAGCAGCCUUCUUCGACAUCGACCUCUGCAGUGACCAGACGUCCCCCUAUGACCACAUGCUGCCCAGUGCUACAGAGUUUGCUGAGUAUGUUGGCAAGCUGGGGGUGGGGAACGGCUCCCACGUGGUGGUAUAUGAUGCCAGUGACCAGGGCCUCUACUCCGCCCCCCGAUUGUGGUGGAUGUUUAGGGCCUUUGGGCACGAGACUGUCUCACUGCUGGAUGGAGGGUUAAGGAACUGGAAGUGGGAGGGCUACCCACUGAGCUCUGGCAGGGCCUGCCCAAUUCAAGCAGAGUUCCAGGCCACCCUCAACCCGAUGUUUGUGAAGACCUAUGAAGAUAUCAAGGAGAACAUCGAAUCACGUUGGUUCCAGGUUGUAGAUUCCCGUGUUGAAGGGCGCUUCAGGGGCAUUGAGCCAGAACCCCGGGAAGGCAUCGAACCUGGCCACAUCCCUGGCACCUUGAACAUUCCCUUCAUUGACUUCAUGACUGAGGAGGGCCUGGAGAAGAGCCCUGAUGCCAUCCAAAGACUGUUCCAGGACAACAAGGUGGACCUCUCAAAGCCCCUGGUGGCAACUUGUGGCUCAGGCAUCACUGCCUGCCAUGUAGCCCUGGGUGCGUAUCUCUGUGGCAAGCCUGAUGUGGCCAUCUAUGAUGGAUCCUGGGUGGAGUGGUACAUGCGUGCCCGGCCUGAGGAUGUCAUCUCAGAGGGCAGAGGCAAGACUUUCUGA